CAUUGAUAAUGAAUGAAGAAAUCUUAGCCCACCAUACCAAACUACACAACUGGUUUGAAUUGGACAAAUUGUCCAAAAACAGCUAUUUGGCAGAUGUCCCUGGAAACAAAGGACACCAUCUCAAUCCGAUAAAAGCUAAGGAUAUUGAUUCAUGGAGGACAGAGGUGAAUAAAAUAUAUAACAAAAAGCCUAAAUCAGCAAGGCGGCCAUUGUUUAGACAAUGUCAUCACAGUGCUCCAUUCGAGAGAGAUUUCAGUGAAGUUAGAACUCAGAGAGUAAAGUCCGCACCACCACUUGACAGAAAACUAAAACUUGAGAAAUACAAUGAACCACAAAGUAUCGUAGAACGUUUGAACAAUAUUUCUAUACAUUAUAAUAGUGAACGUGGAGCUAUUCCUAGAAUUGAAAUAUCCAAACCAACAACAUCAGCAACUGAAUUCGCUGAUGGUAAAAGUGGGGAUGUUGACACAGAUAGUGUUCUAAGAGAGGAAAGCUUCAGUAUAUAUAACGACAACAACAGCACUCAAACAGAAGUAGGUUCAAGCGAGGAAAAAUUGUCCAAAUCAAACAGAUUGCGAAUUUUUUAUCAUAAAGAUAAGCCAAUGGUAUCUAUUAGAUCGGUAUCAAACGGUCUUCUGAAUUGUCUGACUGUUGACGACUGCCGUAUAGCCGCUAGAUACAAGCCUAACAACAACAUAGUCACAACCAUGAGAGAAAAUGUACAACAGGAAGAGAGUUCAAGUUUAGAUGGAUCGGUGGAUCUACCAAUGAAGAUUAGUUCUGGAUCAGCCUUUACAACAAUGUCUAUUCUUGAAGAAAAGGAUAAAAUAUUUAGAGAAAACUUGGCAAAGAGAAAUAAGAGGAACAAAAUAAAAGUACAUCAAAAUAUAAAUGGUUUGCAGAACUCUUUAGAUACUAACAGAAGUGGUAACUGGAUGAAACCAGUCUGUGAUACUUAUACAGACGAAAAACUGUCAUCUGACAAACAAGCCAGUGAAGGAGGACCACUUUACAGAAAGAUGAACUCAGCACUUCACAAAAAAAUGCACAAGCUUGUGAAUGCCAAAAAAGAUAAAUUACAUAAAAUUUACCUCGGGGAUAAUUCUGUGAAUAAAAAAUAGUAGGCCUAUAUUAGGGCAGACUAACAACCUUUAUUGCAUUCAAUAAAUAUAGCAUUUAAUCAUUUUACAAUGUGCACUUCUAAAAGUGACCAUUUUUUGGACCCUGGCAAAUGUGGUGAAUUAACAUUAUUUGCUGGCAACAUGAAAUAAAGGUAAGUGUAAUGGUCCCAGACUUGAAGAAAAUUAUGUGUUGGAUUCCAGGCUUUCUUGUUAAAUUUUAAUUCUUUUUUUUAUAGAUCAUGAACUUAUACUCAAACAAAUACUUGAAUAUUCAAAUUCAAAGAGUUUUUCAAGCAUAUUCAAACUUACCUUUUGGUAUUCAUUAUUUGAUGUCAAUUGAAACUAAUGGACUAUUUUUUGUCAGCUACGAAAUAUUUACUGCUAACAUUAAUAAUAGUAGCAAAUAAUUUAUAGUGGGGAAAAAACAGAGAUCCUAUUCUAUCAGUGUCAAUUAGUAUUGAAUAACGAAUACCAAACAAUCAGUUCAAAUAGCCUUGAAACUAAUAUUAAAAAAACCCCAAAAAACAAUCUGAUAAAGAAAAAUACUUCAAUUUGAAACAUUUACAGUUUCUAGAAAUUUUAAAUGCAUCAGAAAUGUUCCAAAAAUGGAUCAUUUUCAUUGAAACAAAUACUUGAAUAGUAAAAUUAAAAUAUGACUGCUGUGUAUAUGUAUUCUACUUUAGUAGUCAAUUUUACACUAAUAGCUUUGAUUAGGCCUUUACAGCAAUAUUUAUUUGGAAGAGGUAUUAUUUUGAAACCAAAUUUACAUACCAUAGAUAUAUAUUAUAAGAUUCGUUGCUCUCUACUACAGAGCCUAAAUCCAAUAGUGAGAUAUGUCAAAGGCACCAAUUUCAACAAUGUCCCUUUAAUUAAAUCUACUAAAAUACUUAAGACA